CUCCUGUCUCCUGGAGCUUCCGUGUACUAACUGAGUAAACAAGUCAGUUUGUGUAUCAGACUUCUGUAACUGAGGGAUCGACCUGAGCUCCACACCAUGGGGCGGAUCACGGUUGUGUUUUCACUGCUCUUCUGUGCCUUUGUGCCAGCUUUCGGUGGUGAACACUCACUGUUUUACACCUACACGGCUCUGUCUAAACCUCUCAAGCUGCCUGGAAUCUAUGAGUUCACCGCACUGGGCAUGCUCGAUGACCGAGAACUCGACUACUACAGCAGUGAGACUCAGCUUAAGGUUCCUAAACAGGACUGGAUGAAGGAGAAGAUGGAAAAGGAUUACUGGGAUAAAGGAACUCAGUCCCGUAAGAGCAAAGAGCAGUGGUUUAAGGUCAACGUGGACAUCCUGAUGGAGCGAAUGAGACACAAUAAGUCUGACCUUCAUGUUCUUCAGUGGAGACAUGGCUGUGUGAUUGAAGGUGAAAACGGAAAUAGUAAAUUUGUGAGAGGAAUUGAUGAGUACAGCUACGAUGGUGCUGAGUUCCUCUCCUUUGAUGAUGAAAACUCGAGGUGGAUCGCUCCAGUUCAAGCUGCUGAGCCGACCAAAAGGAAAUGGGAUGAAGUUUCCAUCCUUAACACAUACACCAAGAGCUACCUGGAGAAAGAGUGUGUGGACUGGCUCAUCAAGUUCAUGUACUAUGGACAAGAAGAACUGAGAAAACAUUCUGAACCAAAUGUUCAAAUAUUUGCAAAGAAAUGUGUAAAAGACACUAACAAGUUGACCCUGUCCUGCCUGGCCACGGGGUUCUACCCUAAAGAUAUCCAGAUGUAUUUGAGGAAGGGCAGAACUAUUCUACCUGAUCACCUGGUAACAUCAACAGGAGUGAGACCCAAUGGUGAUGGAACAUAUCAGCAGAGGAAGAGUCUUGACAUCCUGGUGGAGGAAAAAGAUUCUUAUGAUUGUUAUGUAAACCACAUCACCCUCGACAAACCAAUAGUCAUUGAUGGUAGACAUGAAGAAAUCCCAUGCCUAGAUUGUACUGUACCAAAGAUUCAGGGUGGUAUCAUUGGGGGAGUGAUUGGAGCUGUUGUCAUGCUGGUUGUGGCUGCAGUCGUUCUCUUCGUCCUUAUAAAGAUGGGAAUAUUCACUUUGCAACAUAACAGCAGUUCCCCAGCAAACAACCAUGCCAAUGUGCUGCUUAUGGGUGCAGGUGACAGGGAAGUGUAAACUUUACAUAAAUCCUGUGGAUAAAGAGUUUGAUCUUGCUCAAGUCUGAUCAGACCUGGAUCUUUUUCUUGACUUGGAAGUCAUUGAUUCAGCCUUCCAUCUAAGUGUGAAACCUUCAAACAUAAAUGAGUCAUUCUACGAAACGGGUGCCAUUUGGGUCCGCAACAUUUGAUGAGAUGCAUAAGGCACAAAAAUGUCCCAAAAUGUGCUUACAAAGCUUAAAGUUAUUCAUUGAAGUGUUCUUGUUAACAUGAUGUAUAAUAAAAACACUAUUCUUAAAGAAUAACAUACUAUUUUUAAUAAUUUUGCAUUAGUACAUAGCCAUUUUCACAUGUCCAUGUUGACCAACAUGACAUUUGCAUCUAAAAUAUCACCAAAUUAGUUAUGUAUUUUUUUUUAAAAAGAUAUUAUUUUCAGAAUUAUAUUUGUGUCCCUUUUCACAUAAGAUAUAUUUUAUUCAAAAUAAACCUUAUUUUUUUGUAAAUAUUU